AUGCCUGAGCCAGUCGACGAAAAUGUUCUCACUCGAAUGCGCAAUUACUCUACUGAAACGUUCUUAAACGUCUUUGGUCCUGUCAUAUCUCGCUUUUUGCCUGAUCCUUGGACAGAAGCCGGUAAUGAGCGGGUGGCGGAGAAAUCAGCAUUCUUGUCAAGAGUGACUAUGACUGAAUUCAUAUCUCCUUCCCAUGCUGACACAAAGGGAUUUGCCUAUGCCGGACCAAUAUUGAGCUGGUGCGACAUCGCAGCUGGUAUCGCAGCGAAACGACAUGCAAAUGCCCCAUCUGUAACGCGAUCAGUAGACGAUGUUCAAUUUUUGUAUCCUCUCAGAGUUGGAGAUGUGCUUACCAUCCAGGCCAGUGUGAACAAAGCCUGGAACACAUCGAUGGAGGUUGGUAUUCGCAUGGAGGCGGAAACACCGCCUGCUGGGCCGCGGCGGUUCGUGGCCCACGCCUACAUGACUUUUGUAGCUUUGUCGCCUGUUGCGCCACCAAAGACAGGGGUGGGACGUUUAUGGCUAGAUAGCAAGCCGCUGACGGUACCCAAAGUGGUUCCACAUUCGCCCACAGAGCACCAACGCUGGGAAAUGGCGGAAAGACGACGGCAGAGACGGUUUUCUGAGAAGAAAGCGACAGGUGAGAUGAGAGCACAGCUGGAGCAGAUAAGGAUUCUGCUGCGGGAAUGGUCGCUUGGUUUGCGAAGGCAGUCUAUCAGCGAAGCAGACGUCAUUUCACAUCCAGCUUUGAUCCCACCAAUUGAAGAAGAAGAUGAAAGCAACGAAGUGUCUUCGCCUACCACCAUUGAUGCCGAUGAAACGCAUACGCAUCUGAAAGUCGAUAUCCCAAAACCACGACGUCGAUACUCUACGGCAUCUUACCUCGUUCCUCAACCUUGUGAAAAGAGUAUUGAGCUGACAUACGCCGAAGUGGUGGAAUUAGUGAUGCCACAACAUGCCAAUACCCUACAGAUCACUUUUGGCGGACAGAUUAUUCAAUGGAUGGAAACAUGUGCGUUGGUCAGUGCGCGCCGGCUAGCUUGCACAUAUUUAAUGACGGCCAGUAUCGAUUCACUCCAAUUCAUCAAGCCUACCCACGUGGGUGAAGUCGUCACUGUUCGCAGCAUUGUGUCAAGAACGUUUAAAUCCAGUAUAGAGGUAUAUGUUUCUGUAGAGGGAGAAGAUCUGCGAACGGGAGAAACCUAUUUUACCAAUGACGCCUUUUUCACUAUUGUUGCCGUCGAUGCUGAGAACAUCCCCGUCAAGAUCCCACAUGCUGUCCCGCAGAACGAGGUAGAGGCUGCACUUUACAAAGGAGCAGGCAGCCGAAGAGAACGACGUUUGGCGCUCCGUAACGAAAUACUUGCCAUUACUACUGGUCACGAGCAAUGA